AUGUCGCACGCUACAGGAGCUGAUCUACCACCUGAGACGCUGUCGCAAAUUUUCAAUUGCAUCACGCCAACUCGUCUCAGUCUUGACUUGACCGAACGUCGCAGGGCAAAACGCCAGCUCAUUGCGCCUAGCCUCGUUUGCAAGCAUUGGUCUGAACCCCUCAGACCUAUACUCUUCCGAACGCUCGAGUUGCGUGACAUCGAAGCUGUGCGGUUCCUGAAGAGCAUCGUCUGCAGCCCUGGGUUUACGACCUCGUCUCUGCCCGGGGCCAUCUGGCAGAUAUUUAUUCAUCAAGAAGCUACGGAGGCGAAAUCAUGGCUUCACCAUGUCCAUGGACUUUCAACCCGUCUCCGGGAGACAAGAUUCGACUGUACCGUCGUGAGCCCCACGGGCGAUCCUGCAUACGUGCCCAACCGUUGGGCCCCAUUUGAAUCGAUACCCAGCAUUACCCCAUCCUAUGUCCGACUCUCAUAUCUUACUCUCAAUGGCAUUGUAUUCACAACCACGACCGAGCUCGCACGGCUCAUCGACAAUUUCUCUACGCUCCAGCGCUGCACCUGCAACAAACCCACCUUCCUCGACCCGUCGCCAGUUGUCCAGUCAUGCAGAGUUCGCCGACGUGCUUCAAUGGCCCUCCAGAGGUGCGAGAUCUCACGAUGCAGGGAUAUGGCGGUCUCCGUCCAAGCGGCACUGGCUGCUGACAUCGUUGCAACUGCUCGUCGCAUGGGCGUUGACGACCGCGCGUGGGACGCGACUCUUGAAGCGUUGCUUGCACUGGUGCCAAACACAUUCAAAGGGGCAUUUGUGUGGCUUGAUGAUCAGGACGGCAGUAUGUUUGAUGCGGCGCACAUUUCGUGCCGUUCAUAUGGUCCUUACAUGUAUACGGGCGAUUGUGUCCAAGCUGACGUUAAAGUUUACCGACCAAGUGCCGGUCAGGAUGCGGGCUCUUCACUCGCGCACGUCGUGAGCAUCACUCUCACACUCUCAUUCGUGGAUGUCGAAGCCAUGGAUACCAUUGAUUGGGACGCCUUGCGAGCCGUCGUUGAUUCCCCGCACAUGCACUACCUUCGUAUCAACCAUCUCUGGUCCCGAUCCAAAAGUUUCGAGGUAGCAAAGAGAAUCCUGUGCUCUGUGUUGCGCCGCACGCACUUGACGUGGGCUCUCGAGUCGGGUAAAUUGCAGUUCAACAGGCACAACAGUGACCCCGCCACAAGUGCCGAUAUCUCGUCAGUACCAGCGAAACACACCAUCGACGGCACCACAAUCACUCUCGACAUCGCCGAACAAGCUGAGUGGUUGCUGCUCCCUGUCCGGCAGCCACUUUACCCAGGUGACGCCACAAGAGAGGAGUACCUGCAGCAGCUCGUAGUCACGCGUGCGAGCGGAGUGCGCAGGUAG